AUGGAUUUGCGGCUGUUUACACCCACCCCACUUAACUUGGAAGAGGCCAACAAUGCGGUGACUCCUAGGGGCAAUGCCUUUAACGGUAUCAAUAAUGGCAAUACUGGACGCAUGAUGCCACCUCGUUCACCAGCGAUGUCCACCACCUCCACUUCAUCUUAUUCGGCAUAUUCAACUAGCCAGUAUAAUAUGGCGAAUACUCCUACUUCCUCGUCUGUCUUUCCUGGGAAUGUUAAUAACCCAUCAUCUUCUGUCGUCACUCGCGGUCAAGGUAUUAAUCAGAAUGCUCAACGGAUGUUUCAAAACCAAAACUCUGGCUUUAAGGGCAACGUGUUGUCUCCAUCGUUGCCAGUAGGUAUCAAUCCUUUGAAUGUGAACAAUUGGAUUGAUCAACAAGCCAAAAAUGUGAAUGUCCCUUCGAGAUCUGGUACACCGGCAAAUGAUGACAAAAAUGGUGUGGGAAUUCCUGGUGCCACCAUGUCAGCAAUUGCCUCAUCUAACCAUCCCUCAGUCACCAGUCUUACUGGUAUUGGAAAGAAAGAAGAUCUUGAAGAAGAAGUCAUUCCAACCGCUAUUGUCAUCAAAAAUAUUCCUUUCUCCAUUAAGAAGGAACAACUUUUGGAAGAGAUGACCAAGUUAAGCUUGCCUUUGCCAUAUGCUUUCAACUACCAUUUUGAUAAUGGUGUUUUCAGAGGAUUAGCAUUCGCUAACUUUACCUCGACUGAGGAAACUGCUAUGGUUGUCAAUAACCUCAACAGUAAGGAGAUUGGGGGUAGGAAAUUAAGAGUCGAAUAUAAGAAAAUGUUACCGCUCAUUGAAAGGGAAAGGAUCGAACGCGAGAAGAGAGAAAAAAGAGGACAGUUGGAAGAACAACAUAGAUCGGCUUCAACUACCUCGUUGGCGUCUUUGAUCUCUAAUGGUAAAUUGCCAGCUAACCAAGGUCUUAAUGGUGUUGGUGUUGGUUGCAAUGGUGUUGAAUUUGAAAAGAGAUAUUUCGCUGGACCUCCAAACAUUGCUGGUUUACCUGUGCCGCCUCAAGUUGUGGAUUUUAAUAACCCUGAAGUUUUGGACAUUUAUUCUACUUUAUUGUUGUUCAAACUGGACGUUUAUAGAAAAUAUGAGGAUGUCGCUUAUCCAUUAGGGAUGCCAAACAAUCACAAGAAAUAUUUGAAUAUUCUUUGCAAUUUCCUCAACUUGUCCGAGUCUUAUGAGAAUGGCUUUAUCAUUAUCAAGAGAAAGUUCAAUCCAGCGAUUACUUCUCCAAAUAUGACAAAUAGCCCAAUAGCCAAUUCCCAGCCGGUAAUUGGGGCUAAUGGUGGUCCGUUCAUGCAUUCUAACUUGAAUGUCUCUCAUAGUAACUUGGGUCUUUUGAAUGUUAAUCAAAGAUUCAGAGGACAGCCAACAACUUCUGCCACUCAUCAACCUCAGCCACGAGCCCCUGGUGGUCAAAGCUUUGGAUUGUUGAACAACACUAGCCCUAAUAACAUUGGCGGCAAUAGUCCUAAUAUCACUCUCGGGGCCAACUCAACUGGUAGCCAAACUCUUAAUAGCCCAAUCACUAGUGGCUCUAAUAAUAAUCCUGCUGCUAUGUUGAGAGGUACGAGAUCUUAUGCAGAUGUUAGAAACACGCCUUUUGCUUUACCAAGUCUUUACGGCCACAACAAUAACAACAAUGGGAAUUCCAAUGGAAAUCAACCAUCACUUAAUUCACCAACUUAUCUCAACAUGUCACAGCCUCCUACCCCGGGGAUUGGCGGAGCAAGUUCUGAAUUUACAAACUCUGGCUCAAAUGCUAACAAAUCACCUUAUGUCCAUAGCAACAAUUCCGCUACUUUCUUGAAUCAAAACCAGCCAGGUGUUAACCAAACCUCACAGGCUCAGAGCUUAUUAAAUUUGGGUAAUUCUGGUGGUAAUUCCGGGUCCAGUUAUUUUGCUAAUAACUCUUCCAACUCUGGGCAAACUGUUGCUGGAGGUGCAUCUGCAAACGAAUCUACCAGUGGAUUUAACCCACCUAGUCACAGUAUUUACAGCCAUUUCAAUAACUCCAACCCAAACUUUUUGAGUAAUAAUAACUCGAUGCUCAAUUUGACCCAAAAUUUGACUGGUGGUGACACUUUCACCACUACCUUGAGCCCGGGAUUUAACAAUUUCGAUGAUUUAGGUGGUAAUUUGAAUAACUUGGCUAGUCCAAUUGGUAUUGGAAGUAACAGCGGCGUUGGCUCCACAGGCAAUACCCCUACUGCGACAACUAUUCCAAGCUCAUCAUUAGGGACAAGUGCCGGAGGAUUGAAAUCAUCAACCACCUCAAUUGCUUCAAAUAGUCCAAACAUUAACAAUAAUGUUAGUGUUAAUGGAAGUUCUACUGUUGGGAAGAACUUGAUAAGCAGUUUGAAUGAUGGGUUGAAUGGUUUGAAUUUAAGUAGCAACUCCAACAAUAGGAGAGAUAUUUGGGGUAGUGGGAGAUCUACAUUGAUAUGA